AUGCUUUAUAUUCAGCAGGCUUUUUCCCCUCUGAUUGUGUGUCGCUUACCUGCUGUUUGUAGGAAUAAAAUUAGUCAUUUUAAAGUCCAAUAAAACAGAUAAAUAUCUUUAUAUACAGGAGGCAGCAGUCGGAUAUCUAGAACAUGCCAAAAAAUAAAGGUAAAGGAGGAAAGAACAGGCGACGUGGUAAGAACGAGAACGAGUCCGAGAAGAGGGAGCUGGUGUUUAAAGAGGAUGGACAAGAGUACGCUCAAGUGAUAAAGAUGCUGGGAAACGGCAGGUUGGAGGCCAUGUGCUUCGAUGGUGUCAAGCGGCUUUGUCACAUCCGAGGAAAACUCCGGAAAAAGGUUUGGAUCAACACGUCGGACAUUAUCCUCAUCGGCCUGAGGGAUUAUCAGGACACGAAGGCAGAUGUUAUUUUGAAGUACAACGCUGAUGAGGCUCGCAGUCUGAAAGCGUACGGAGAGCUUCCAGAGCACGCCAAAAUCAAUGAGACGGACACGUUCGGACCCGGAGACGACGACGAAAUUCAGUUCGACGAUAUCGGAGAUGAUGACGAGGACAUCGACGAUAUCUAAUGUGGAGCUGCUGCUAAGGAGGAAGCGGACUUCGGUCCGCCGGUGGAGACGGGAAGCCUGGCGUCUCGAACCCUCGGAUUUAGGGCUUUCAUCACUAACUAUACGACGGCAUCACUAUUUACAAUACAUUGUUAGUUUUUAAUGUAUUUAUAAUCAUUUCACCCCAAGUGGAAUUUAGUUGAAGAAUCUUUGGGUUCGCAAUAAAAACGAACAAUUUUA